AUCGCAGUCGGAACCGCUUAACGUGUGUGUAAACCAUGCGCAUGUGAUGAAUGUGUAGCGCCUUAGUUUAUAACGCCCAUCUGGACUAUCUAUCCCUUCCAGCAGUGUCCACUGAGUAUUCAACUAUGUCGACCGAAGAAAUUCCUCCGAACAUUGCGGCUCUUGCUGCUCCUUUGCUACUCGGUGACUUCUUCCACUGGGGUCUAUUUGGGAUCCUGACUGUACAAGUCUAUAUCUAUUAUCUGGCAUUUCCAAAAGACAGAACAGCGUUCAAAUGUCUUGUCUACGGUUUAUACACCGUCGACAUGGCUCAGACCCUUAUCGUCACACAUGACGCAUUCUUCUCGUAUGCAAAAGGAUUUGGAAGUCUGUCUGCUUUGGAUGCAAUGCAAACAGGCUGGCUUGCCGUUCCGGUACUGUCUGGAAUAGUAAGCUGCACAGUCCAGUUAUGUUACACAUACCGAAUCUACGUCCUGUCGAAAUCGAAAGUACUCGUAAUCGGUAUCUCUGCUCUUGCUGUUACUCAAGGGUCUGCUGCUAUUGCCGAAGGAGUACAGGCUUUCGAAGCUGGCAGGUUUAGUACUCUGGCUUCCAAGGCAUUCGCCUCCACUACGGUUUGGCUUGCCGGAAGCGCUGCAUGCGAUCUGAUCAUCGCUGCAUCCAUGACAUUCUUGGUCAGUGGUCAUUCCCUAGCACUGCAUUACUUUAUGCUGAAGCGCGAACAGCUCAGGCGAAAGGACUCGGGGAUGAACGCAACGCAUGCCUUGCUUUCGAGGCUCAUUCGUUUGAUCAUUGAGACCGGAUGCUUGACAGCAACCAUGGCACUUGUUGAACUGUCACUUUUCCUAGCAUACCCGGAUAUGAGCUACCACGUGUGCAUUGCUGUCAUCCUCGCCAAACUCUAUUCAAAUUCUCUACUAGUGGUCUUUAACAGUCGACUACGCUUAGCGAAUGGUCGCGGCGGGGGAUCGGGCGCAGAGGCUAGCUUCAUUUCAUGCAGCAAUUUCAACAGCAAGAAUUCCCCUCAGACACUUGCACUCGGAACUAAUAGCAGUCGUACCAUGACAACUUCCUUCGGCGGAAUUCAAGUCGAACAGGAAAGAUGGACUGAUAACGUCGAAUUGGACUCACGGGAUUCGGAGAGUAAGAAGAAGACUUCGAUAUUACCUCUUGAAGCUUGAGACAUGAGUUCCAUCACGCAUGCAUUUUUAGCGUGCACAAUAUAUGUAUUGGAAGGAUGAUAAAUUAGGUCAUCUUCUUAAGUCUGUCUAGUCCGCUGUUUCUUUUUUGCUCCUCGGUAGUACUUGCCAUGUAGUAGGUUAUGCCAACAGUAAACGUAAAAUAUUU